AUGAUUGAUACAGAAUCUCCAGCAGAAAAAGCUGCCGAAGAAGCAAAAAUGAAAGAAAUGGCGAGCCAAUUGCCUACACUUCAAGCAGCUAUGGCUACUACACUUGCUGAUGCUAAAGCGGGUAAGCUUGGUGCAAGUACUACAAUGACCAAAGGUGGUGUAAAGGUAAUUACCUUAACUAAAGGCACCGGGGCUGCUAUGCAAACCGGCGAAACUGCUAAAGUAAACUACAUCGGUACUUUGUUGGAUGGCACCAAAUUCGAUGAUUCGUUCUCGCGUGGAGCUACGCUCGACUUCCCUGUAGGCGUUGGCAGAAUGAUUCCUGGCUUCGACGAAGCUGUUGGAACCAUGACGCAUGGCACCAAGGCAGUUAUUGUGGUACCUUCGGCUUUGGGAUAUGGCGAUCAAGCCAAUGGACCCAUCCCAGCCAAAUCUGACCUAGCUUUCUACAUAGAAUUACUAUAA